UAUGCUUGUGGUUGUUGCUGCUGGUAUACUUGCGGUUGUUACUGCUAGUAUGCUUGCGGUUGUUACUGCUGGUAUGCUUGCGGUUGUUACUGCUAGUAUACUUGCGGUUGUUACUGCUAGUAUGCUUGCAGUUGUUGCUGCUGGUGUGCUUGCAGUUGAUGCUGCUAUUGUUCUUAUGGUUGUUGCCACUAUUGUUCUUGUGGUUGUUGCUG